AUGAAUAUAAAUUAUUCCAUUUGGCAUCCCUCUUCAUUUGGUCUUACGGCAUUGGUCGGCAUUUCAGGGCCUGAAGUCUGUAUAGGUCGCCACCUUUGGGCGUAUUCGGGCUCGAACUAUGCCGAACGUCUAAGCCACGCUUCGACAGGAUCCAAAGGUUUCAACUUUUGCGGGUGUUUGGGCGUGUUGACGACAGCUGAAUGGGCUCGAAACGGAAAGAGCCUUCUUUUCGUUGGUCUACACGAAGAUCAACCGUCACUUCCAAGGCGUUGUCCAGGUGAUACAGGCGCCAAGUGA